CGUAAAACUGCCUCACAUGGUUUCAACCUUCAUGUGCUGGGCUUUACCUUUGUUAUUUUCUUCUCCCUCGCCAAGCGCCCGACUCUGCUCGGAGCUUCAUAUCACGUAGAAAAAACCCUUUAUUAUCUGAUAUGCUGAGAAGCCUUGUUCUGGUGGGUUGUUGAUUGAAUCUGGGAUUUGGGUCAAUGUGAAUUCUUGAUUCGGCAGUGAAUUGACAGUGAUCUAAUGGCUUUUUGAUUGAAUCUGGGAUAUUGGUUAGUCUGCAUUCUUGAUUUGGUGGUGAAUUGUGGAAGAAAUCGGCAGAAGAUGCGGCGGCGGCGCGUGGUUCGAAGGAAGCCUUCGUUUUGGAUCUGGGUGCUUCUUGGGUUGUUCUCCAUUGCUGGCCUCGUUUUGUUUGUAGUUCACCAUAAUCAACGAGAAGAUCGGGUGGAACAGCCGGUUGUGGAGAGAAAUGCAAGAUUUGAACAGGUUGCUUACAAGGAUUUGAACUUUACUGAACAAAUAUUGAGUGCUACCUCAUUUUCCCGGCAAUUAGCAGAGCAAAUGACACUUGCCAAGGCUUAUGUCAUUAUUUCCAAAGAGCACAAUAACCUUCACCUUGCUUGGGAGCUGAGCUCAAAAAUCAGAAGUUGCCAACUUUUGCUUUCAAAAGCUGCCAUGAGGGGGGAGCCCAUCACAUUCGAGGAAGCAGAGCCAAUAAUUAAAAGCCUAUCAUCUCUCAUUUUUAAGGCACAAGAUGCCCAUUAUGAUAUUGCAACCACAAUAAUGACAAUGAAAUCUCAUAUUCAAGCCCUUGAAGAGCGUGCAAAUGCAGCAACAGUUCAAAGCACGGUGUUUGGGCAACUGGCAGCCGAAGCACUACCCAAGAGCCUUCAUUGCCUAGAUGUUAAACUCACAGCUGAUUGGCUUAAAAAGCAAUCUCUUCAAGAACUUGCAGAUGACAGGAGAAACUCUCCUCGACUUGUGGACAACAAUCUCUACCACUUCUGCAUCUUUUCAGAUAAUGUGCUGGCAACCUCUGUUGUUGUCAGCUCUGCAGUCUCUAACGCUGAUCAUCCAAAGCAGCUGGUCUUUCACAUUGUCACAAAUGGAGUCGACCAUGGAGCAAUGCAGGCUUGGUUCCUUAGUAAUGACUUCAAAGGUUCCACCAUAGAAGUGCAGAACAUUGAGGAAUUUUCUUGGUUUAAUGCAUCUUAUGCUCCCAUUGUGAAACAGCUCCUUGAUGCAAAUUCAUGGGGCUACUAUUUUGGUGGAGAUCAAGAUUUAAAGGUCGAGCCAAAACUCCGGAACCCAAAGUACCUGUAUUUGCUGAAUCAUCUUCGGUUUUACAUUCCAGAGAUCUAUCCACACCUUGAGAAGGUAGUUUUUCUUGAUGAUGAUGUUGUUGUCCAGAAGGAUCUGACACCACUUUUUUCGUUGGAUUUGCAUGGAAAUGUGAAUGGAGCAGUGGAAACUUGUCUUGAAGCAUUUCAUCGUUAUUACAAGUAUCUCAACUUCUCAAACGAAAUUAUCAGCUCAAAGUUUGAUCCACAAACAUGUGGAUGGGCCUUUGGUAUGAACGUUUUUGAUUUGAUUGCAUGGAGGAAAGCGAAUGUGACUGCACGGUACCAUUAUUGGCAGGAGCAGAACGCUGAUGGGACACUCUGGAAGCUGGGCACUCUUCCUGCUGGUCUCCUAACUUUUUAUGGUCUCACUGAGCCACUUGAUCGUAGAUGGCACGUGUUAGGGCUCGGAUAUGAUUUGAACAUCGACAACCGUUUGAUUGAGAGUGCAGCAGUAGUGCACUUCAAUGGCAACAUGAAGCCAUGGCUGAAGUUGGCCAUUGGGAGGUAUAAGCCUUUAUGGGAACGGUACAUAAAUCAAAGCCACCCCUAUCUCCUAGAUUGUGUCAAGAGUUAAAAAGUAUGAUAUACUUGUUGAUUGCAGGUUAUUUAUGCGAUUUUUAAACAAUUUUUGAACUCAACCAGUGAUCGCAUUAUUGUAGGGUCAGAAGCAGAAAGUUUUGACUGGAAUAGGAGGUUUUCUUUUUGUUUUUGUUUUUCUUUUUCCCUUCAUAGUGCCCUGAAAGAAAAAGAAAUGAUUUGUAUACAUUAGAAAGUUCAAAUGUACUAGGGGAACGGAACGAACAGGUUUGGAGGAUUCUUUUUUUUUUUUUUUGGCUGAUGGGGGUUCACUUCUUUCCCCUUCUACAGGCUGUAGAAUUAUUUCUUCUUAUACUUUUUCUUGUAAUAAUCUUUCAUAUCUUUCAACUGUAAUGUACGUUAUUGAACAAAAAUAUAUAUUUUUCUUUUGUUUUCUUUUUA